AAACGGCUGCAUGGCAACGGGCUCCGAGCCUGGGGUCCGUCUGCUGCUGCUGCUGCCUGCGCUUCUGCCUCCUCCUCCUCCUCCUCCGCCGCCGCGUUGCUGGCUGCCUCCUCAUUCUCGGGCGCGCUUCCCUCCUCGCUAGAUGGUGUGCGAGGCACCCGAGACCAGACACGCUCCGGACGCGGCGAGAAGCGCGAGAAGGCAGCAGCAGCAGAGAAGGGACGCCGGGAAGGAAGGCAGGCUUGGGCGGGAGGGUGGCCGCGGAGGAGGCGAGAGCAGCAGCAGGAGGAGGAAGGAGGAGGAGAAGCAGCCAGGCGUCGGAUCUAUCGUACCCCGCGCGCCUUUGGCCCCUGGACCCAGGAAAGAGGAGGAGGAGGAGGAGCACGAGAGCCACCGCCGCCCUUGUCGUGAGGAGCCGGAGCGGAGCCGCGUCGGGCAGGCAUGGACAUGAUGCUCCUGGUCCAGGGCGCUUGUUGCUCCAACCAGUGGCUGGCCGCUCUGCUGCUCAGCCUCUGCUGCCUGCUGCCUUCCUGCCUCCCCGCCGGGCAGAGCGUGGACUUUCCCGGGACGGCUGUGGACAGCCUGGUGGUCAGGAAGGGGGACACGGCUGUGCUCAGGUGUUACUUGGAAGAUGGUGCUUCAAAAGGUGCCUGGCUGAACCGAUCAAGUAUUAUUUUUGCAGGAGGAGACAAGUGGUCAGUAGAUCCUCGAGUUUCAAUUGCAACAGCGAAUAAAAGGGAAUACAGCCUCCAGAUACAAGAUGUGGAUGUUUCAGAUGAUGGUCCAUAUACAUGUUCAGUGCAGACUCAACACACACCCAGAACAAUGCAGGUGUACUUGACAGUAAAAGUUUCUCCAAAGAUAAGUCAUAUCUCAAACGACAUUGUGGUGAAUGAAGGAAGCAACGUCACACUGGCUUGCUUGGCUACAGGAAAACCAGACCCUUCCAUCUCAUGGAGGCAUAUCUCUCCAUCAGCAAAACCAUUUGAAAAUGGACAGUAUCUGGACAUCUAUGGAAUUACACGGGACCAAGCUGGGGAAUAUGAAUGCAGUGCUGAAAAUGAUGUCUCAGUCCCAGAUGUGAAAAAAGUAAAAGUCACAGUCAACUUUUCGCCAACAAUUCAGGAAAUAAAAUCCAGUGGAGUGACGCUUGGAGGGCCUGGAUUCAUACGAUGUGAAAGUGCAGGUGUUCCUUCCCCAGCUUUUGAAUGGUACAAAGGAGAAAGAAGACUGAUCAAUGGACAACAAGGGAUUACUAUUAAAAGCUUUAGUUCAAGAUCAUUUUUAAAUUUCAACAAUGUGACAGAGGAGCAUUUUGGCAACUAUACGUGUAUCGCUGCCAACAAACUAGGCACAACCAAUGCCAGCCUGCUUCUUAACCAAAUUAUUGAGUCAACUACUACUAGUCCUGUCUCAAGCCCAGCUCCAAGUACGACCCAGCUUGGGAUCACCGGAGGCGCUGAAGUUCUAUUGUCCUGCUGGUACCUUGUCUUGACACUGUCCUCUUACACCAGCAUAAUGUACCUGAAGAACAUCAUUCUACAAUAAAUGUAAAGAACCAUGGAAAGCUUUUAAGGAUUCUUUGAAAGUGCUGAUGACUGGAUCCAAUCUGGUAGAGUUUGUUAAAAAGCAGCGUGGGAUAUAAUCAGCAGUGCUUAUAUGGGGAUGAUCGCCUUCUGUAGAAUUGCUCAUUAUGUAAAUACUUUAAUUCUACUCUCUUUUUUAUUAGCUGCAUUACCUUGUGAGGAAGUACACAUUGUCCUUUUUCAUUUUCUUUUUCUUUUUUGUUUUGUUUUUUUAAAAAACGUGAAAACUCUGAAAUUACUUUUAGAGGAUAUUAAUUGUGAGUUCAUGUUUGUAAUCUAUAACUUUUCAAAAGCAUUCAGUCAUGGUCUGCUGAUUUUGCAGACUGUAGUUUACAUUAAAAAGAACCCAAAUAUUGCAGUUUAAAAAAGUGAUCUUUAAGGCUGCAAUACAAGCAUUCAUUUCCCUCUUUAAAUAAGAUUCUAUCUCCAUUGAUAUAGAAUCCUUUUUUAAUGAAAAAAAUCCUAAAUGAUAUUGCCUUGGAUUCAUUUCUUCAAAAAUAGAAAAUAAAUCUAGAUUUUAUUCUAGCAUGAGACUCAGAUUUCAAGAAUGAGCUUUGUAAUAUAACUGCACUGUGCAGUUAUGCUAUGAUUUUGAUUUCCUUGUCAGUUCAGCAUGGGUGUGCCUUCAUAAGAUACUGCUUUUCUCUUCCUCUCAAUCAAAUGGGAGAUAUAUAAAUAUAUAAAUAUAUAUAUUUUGGUAGAUGCUACGCUCAAGGAUGUCGAUCUCUUCUUAAGGACAAAGGUGCUAUUGGUUGUAAAAUGAAUGCCACCAGUGGGAUAAAGGGACACUUGCAAACACUGAGCACAGCAGACAGAGUUAAUAAAUGGAACUUACAACAUGUAUUCGAAAUCUGAACAAAUAGCAGAUAUCUCUCAGAUACUUCUUUAUGAAUGUAACAUUUCUUGUGUUCAUUCUAAGUUUAGAAUUUUAAAAAAGGGUGCACAGAAAGUGACCAUCCCUUUAUUAUUAUUAUUUUGAUAAUUAGUGAUGCAGUAUGGUUCUUCCUGUUGAAUUUAUCCUGUAAUAAGGUGAUUCAUGUAUAGAACAUAGUGCUUAGUUAUGAAAAACCUGUUUAAAGGGACUUUUUAUCAUAUACAAGCAACUCUUUGGAUUUUGUUAGCAUACCAAUACUGUUUCAAAGUUUUCCCAAAGUCAAUUUUCAUGGACAUUAAACCACUGUUUCCUCUCCAACACAGAUGUGGCUGAAAAACUUUUUCACAUGUCUUCUGUGGCUCAAUAAUAUAUAUGAGUCCUAUUUCCACCUGUUAAUGUGGAGGAGGUUCUGUAAAUGUGUUGUAGCAUUAUGAUGCCACACAAGGUGGGAAGGAUUAUGGAGAAAUCUAUUACUCUAGAAAAAGAAAGACUGACAUGUCAUAUAGAGCAUUACUUCUUAAGCUAUUUGAUGCAAUUUGUUGUGUCAUCAAUACCAUAUUUGUGUCAAUGACUACAACUGUUUCUUAUGUUAUUGGAAACUCUCCAGAUACUGCCACCAGAUGGUUUAGGGACCAGCACUGGUCCAUGGACGACCACUGUAGAACACAGGCUCUUUUGCCUUCUUUAUGAUAGCAUCUUUAAACACAACUUGUGGGAAACAUUUCAAAUAGGUUACUAAAUUUCUGUUCCUAGUAUAGCAUAACCAUUACAUUUCCUGCUCAGCAAGUCAUGUUUCAGGUUCCAUAUCCUGCAAGUCCUGCUUCAGUGCAAAUGGACUCAAAUAUAAUCCUAAAUAAAACCUUAGGAAACCCAACCUAAUUAGCAACAUAUCUUCAAAUGGUUAUAAAAAUGAUUUCUCAAAGAAGAAAUGGGAGGAAAAUAACCUGCAAAUUGGUAGCAUCAUACUCAUAGGCACAACAUGUCACCUACAAAUUACAAAAGUCAAAACUAGCACCUGAAAAAUGGAAGAUAACAUCUAUACCAUUCCUUACAAAUGUUACUGUAGUAUGAAUUGAGGGAAUACUAAAGAGUUUCAUUUGAAUUUAUUCUGGUUCCUUCACAAGUAGGGAGAAAUUGCUCUUUGCUGCUUGACUGAGGACAAACGUAUUUGUUUUGUGUUCAGGAUGAGUGAUAACAGCUUGUCUCUUUAAUUGAACUUGUUAUGGUUUGCACAGAAAAGUGCAGUAGAGCAAACUAGUGAGAAUAUAAAGUAAGCUGUUGUAUCUCAGAAUGAGUUUGUGUAGAUGUCAUGGUCUCAAAGCAAAGGACAAUUUAGUGAUAUCCCAGCUAGACAUAGAAGAGGCCGCAAUGGUGUAAUUCAAGUACAUUAAGCUGUGAUUUUCAAAUAAAGACAUGUAUUAUAUUAAACAAAACAGUUAAAUUACCAAUCAUUAAACCUUAUACAAGUGGGAUGAAAGGGAAGGUUAAGAUGUGCAUAAUGCAAAUACUUGGGCAUUUUGCAAUGCCACCACAAACUAUUCAGUUCUACAUACACUUCACAAGUUGUUCUCUACUUGUUGUCUAGAGAGUAUCAACAUAAUCAGCUCACAUACACGUUUACAUAUAAACAUCUCCACAAUAACAUACCAGUAGAUUAUGAAGGAUAUCCAGUUUAACAAGAGUUAGGAACUGCUAUGUAGAUCCUACUGGAUGGUAGUAAAUAUCAUUGACUCUUGAUGGUUUUUUGUUCAUUAAUAAAAUGUUUUCUUUUCAUAUCUAUAUUAUAAAACUGUUGAUAUUGCAUGGAUGGCAUUUUGGAGGGGGGGAACCAAAAACAUUUGAUUGAUCUGAUAUGAUAUUCUGAUCUUUGGUAUGUCUGACUGUUCAGAUUUCCAAGGGUAGCAGGAAGUACAAGUUAACUUGCAGUGGGUGUUUUAUAUGCUUUUUUGCUUGGUGGGCUGUUGGGGUAGGUUAAACAGUAUGUGGUAGUUGUUUCACCUGCCCCCUAUAGGGUGUUACCAAAACGCACAGAGAGCAAUUAAUGUAAGAGCUUUGCACAUCCUGUUGACCUUGCAAUUUUGAAUGUCUACAGUUACUCUCUGUUCCCCCUUGUAUUGCAGCUUUAAAGUUAUAGAAUGUAUUCAACAGACUGAAAGAGCAGUGCUGCAGAAAGUAGUAUCUCUGUCAGCACUCAACAACAUGUCUCAGAGAGAGAAAGAGAGUACCUAUCUACCAUGCUUUCCCCAUGCACAAAGAGCUUUCAAUACCUUUGCUCAUCCCAACUCUGUAGUCAAGCUAACAGUGUUCAUAAUUCUUCCCCAGCACAUGCAGUCUGAUGACUCCUGCAGCAAAACAGGGUGAUAUUUUGUUUUUUAUUAAAUACCUGUGAUGAAAGGAUUAGUAAUGUUUGCGUGUGUGUGGAAUUUUCUUCCACAAUAGUAGUUGAAACACAUUAGCCCCAUGUCCAGCCCAGCUUCGGAAUUUCUCCUUGGUGUGAUUUGUUUUUUUAAAAAAUAUAUAUCUCCCUGCUCAUUCAAGAGGAUGAUUGUAUGUAUAAAGCGGGGACACAGUCCUAUAGGUAUUUACUGUGAUAUUGGGAAUGUCUCAGUACAUGCUUAGCCCCACAAAGGCUCCUUUUUAAAAAAUCAGCCAAGAGCCUAAUCCUGUCAAGACAGACACGUGUAUACUGUUUUGCACAAAGUAGUCCCAUAAUUAUGUCAUAAGGAAUAGCAUGUGUCUAUGUGCUUAUAGGAUAAUUCUCGAACAAAAAAUAUCCUUACUUUUUGGUAAUCCUUUUCUAUAUGAUCAUUGUACAAUUUGGGAAUUAUUAAGACUUGAUGUGGAUUGUGUUGGUUUUCGCAAAUUAUAAUAACAUUUUACAGAGUUUACUAGUCCUUAAACUGUGAGGUAUGUUUGCUUUCUUUUAUUUCUUACAUGAUAAUCUGUGCUCAUCUAGUUGAUAUCAUUGCUGUUCACAUUUUUAAACAACCACAAUUAUAUUUCUCCCAGUCAUGGAAAAAUAUGAAAAAUAAAUGGAUUAGCUCCAAGUGGUAUAAUUGAGGAGUUAUUGUGCAUAAAUUGUCCAGUGUUGAAUAGUUAAAUUGUGGUAAUCUAUUUGAUAAAUCAGGACACUUAACUACAAUUGUGUUGUUGACAGGUUAACAUAUACAGGAAAAAAAAAGGUUGCAAUUACUGUGUUGUAGAUAGUGAUGCUGGUUGAAGGUAGAAAUGUCUCAGUAUAGCAAAUAUGAAUGGUGAGGUUUUAAAAAACAAGAUUAACUGGGAAAUUAGCUAUUCAUAAUUGAAAUGAAGUAUAGUUUCGAUGUUCUUCUCUAUUCUUCAAGGCUGUGUUUUAUUUUUAGCUACAGAAGUCUUGGAGUCACCACCACUAAAAACUGGGAAAGUUUUGCUUUUGGUAUUUUGCACAUUUUCAAUGCUCAACAUUAUGCUGACCAAAACACCCAUCUCCCCAUACAAUUGUGUGCACUUAAUAAUGUGUAUACCAAAAUAUGUAUUUACAUGGAUAAAUGAUAUGCCUUAAUGCCUCAGUAUGCACUUACAUUCAGUCUGAGGAAAAUAGUCCAUAUAUCAUAAUAUUUUGGGGUGGCGGAUUCAUUCUCUACCCCCAAAAUGGUAUUUAACACAUUGAAGUAUUAUUUCACCAAGUAGACUGUGUCAGAAAUUCAAAGCCAUGGUGGAACUCUAAGGUGAGAGUCCAGGUGGGAGUUCUAAUCUUUUGUACGAUAAUGAUUAUGGUUCCCAUCCAGAUCCAUUUCAAUCUGUUGGCUUUCUGCCAUUUGUUUAAGUCCAGUGAUGACUGCACCUGGAAAUUAUGGUAAACCUGAAUAAAACUUUCGCCAUUAACCCUUGCUAAUAGAUAAUCAUUGUGGUGUAAGCCUGGCCAAAAUAAAAUCCAUCAAAAUGAAUGUUGCCAAUUGAUUGUGUAUGGCAGUUCACAAAGGGGAAAAUGUUAUUCUGUUUAGGACGGCCAAAACAACUUGGCUACCUAUGAACGGCAAUGCUUGCCUUGUUUUUCAGUCUUGCUGCACGCCAUAGCAAGACAUAUUCUGUAGUUGUUUAAUGGAGCACUGUGAGUGUGGAAUUAAAGAAAAUUUAUUUCAGUUAUACUUGUAGGGUUCAUCAGUGCACAAUUUGAACACAAUUUCUUCUCUUCCUUUCUUUAAAUAUGAUUUCCUGCGUUGGUUCUUCUAAACUUAGAAGGCCUGGAGCAUCUUCUCUUUAUUGAGUAAGGAAGUCUCUGUCCCAAAGCAGAUGAAUCCACCCCUUGUAAUGUGGACGAGGAAACCGUAGCAAAAGAAAUCUAUUAGAGAAAGGAUUAGCCGCAUGAAAAAUAGAAACCAGUAUAAGAGAGAGCCAUAAUAAGAUUAAAACUGUAUAAAGUUAAAGCACACUUUUCAAAUUAUGUAUGUUAUAUUUCUUAAACAUCUUGUAGUUUAAGAUGUUUAAUACUAGUAGUAUUAAAAAUGUCAUGUAUUCUUUGAAAUGAUGUUUGGAUAUACAAAACAGACUGCUAGUUUAUAUCUCAUGUAUGUUACGGUAUAUUCAUGAUUUUCCCUGCUUUGCUAUGAAUGUGACAGCUAUAUUCUUCUGCUAACACACUUGUGUUUUGUAGCCUCUAAUAGCUAAAUUGGAGGUGACUAAUAGCAUGUGUCUACAUAUAAGCAAGACCUAUUGAGUGUCACUGAAAUCAAAGGGACUUACUCUUAUUAUUUCUGUAUUGGACAGCAGCCUAAAAUGAAAUAUUUCUUUAGAGGCAGGGAUAAUAAAAAAGCUAACCCAGUUUA